UGCGCGCCGGGCCAGAGGCACCGGCUAGAGCUGGGAGCUUGUGGAAGGGCGCCCCUGCCUGGUCUUGAGAGGUCGAAGGUCUCCAGGAGGCCUCCGCCUCCCUCUUUUUCAUUCACACACCCUAGCCUCACACGUUAGGAGUCCCCCAACAGACCGUGAGCUGGUGCCGGGAGGGUGGAGGUGGAUGUAGCUCACUGCCACGCUACCACAGAAGAGCGAAAGCUGCUUUCUCAGCCACCGGUGAGCACGAAGAAGAAGAAGAUAUACUGGCAAGUUCUAGAAGGAUUCUACCAUUUUCUUCUUUACCAUGAACAAACUUGACAAUUAAUGGGUAAUAGUUGCAUGAAAACUUUUGAACGUUUUUUCUUCUUAUCUCUGAGGCCUUCUAUGGAGAAUUAAUAGGAGGUUGAAUGUGUGCAUGGAUAAAAUGGAUCAUCUUAAAGGAUUGAAGUUCCAAAAAUACAUCAGCAGGACUGGACAGGUUUGAUAUAAUGAGAUUUCUAUUUUAGCUUGACUUCUACAACUCUGAAUAAGCUAUAAACUGAGCUAUACAAGGUUCUCAGAAGGAAGUUUCUCUUCUAAAAUAUUCUAGUCGCGUAUAACAUUUUUCUUCUUCAGAUCUUUGAAAAAGCAUAUUUUGUCAUCAAGUUCCUACAAAAUAAGACUAUUAGACACUUACCAACUUUUAGUAUAUUAAGUAGGAUAGAAAGCAGCAAUCUAUAUCAUACUGGAAAACAAAUUUAAUUAAAGAAACAGUCACCAGGAAAUAAGAAGAGUAAUCUCUACAUAAGCACUGGCUGAGAUGGCAGAAGCUUCUGUGGAUGCCUCAACUCUGCCUGUAACAGUGAAGAAAAAGAAAAGCCUAUCCAUUGAGGAAAAGAUUGACAUCAUAAAUGCAGUGGAAAGUGGCAAGAAAAAAGCAGAGAUUGCUGCUGAAUAUGGAAUAAAGAAAAAUUCAUUGUCUUCUAUUAUGAAGAAUAAAGACAAAGUUCUAGAAGCCUUUGAAUCUCUAAGAUUUGAUCCAAAGAGAAAAAGACUGAGAACUGCUUUUUACACAGAUCUGGAAGAGGCAUUAAUGAGGUGGUAUCGAAUUGCUCAGUGUCUAAAUGUACCAGUCAAUGGUCCGAUGUUACGUCUAAAAGCUAAUGAUUUUGCCCAGAAACUGGGCCAUAAUGAUUUUAAGUGCAGUAAUGGUUGGCUGGAUCGUUUUAAAUCCAGGUAUGGUUUAGUAUUCAGAGCUCAACCUGUAGAAGCUACAGGUGUAUCAGUAGACCCUUCGACUGUCUGGUACCAGAAUGUACUUCCUUAUUAUUUAAAUGAUUAUCAUCCCAAAAAUGUUUUUAAUAUAAAAGAGACUGGGCUGCUCUAUCGAAUGUUACCUACCAAUACAUUUGCAUUUAAAGGCGAAACAUGUUCAGUUGGAAAGUUAUGCAAAGACAGAAUAACUCUGGUGGUUGGCACAAACAUGGAUGGCUCAGAGAAACUUCCUUUGCUUGUCAUUGGAAAAAAGAGAAAUCCACAUUGUUUCAAAGGUUUAAAAUCAUUGCCUGUGUGUUAUGAAGCUAACAGAAUGGCAUGGAUGACCUCAGAUGUAUUUGAACAAUGGAUGCGAAAGCUUGAUGAGAAAUUUCAAGCCCAGCAACGAAGAGUGGUGAUUUUUGUUGAGUCUUUUCCAGCACAUCCAGAGGUAAACAACCUAAAAUCAAUUGAGUUAGCAUUCUUUCCAUCAUGGUUAUCUUCCAAAUGUAUAGCUAUGAAACAAGGCAUUAUUAAAAGCCUUAAAAUCAAAUAUCGACACUGUCUUAUCAAGAAAUUUUUAAGCUCUGUUGAAGGUAGCAAAGAAUUUACAUUUUCACUACUAGAUGCAGUUGAUACAUUGCAUCUUUGCUGGAGGGCUGUGACCCCAGAGACUAUUGUUAAAAGCUAUGAAGAGGCAGGAUUCAAAUCUCAAAAGGGAGAAAGUGACAUAACAAAUGCAGAGAAGGAUACUGGUCUGGAUUUGGUUGCUGAUGCUCUGGGGGCAGGAGUAGAAUUUCCUGAAGGUUUAUCUAUAGAAGAAUAUGCUGCCCUGGAUGACGAUUUGGAGACAUGUGAAGCAGCACCAAAUGGUGAUUCCGUAUGCACCAAAGAAAGUAGAUCGGAUGAAACUGGAUUUUACACUUCUGAUGAAGAGGAUGAUGAUGGAUCUCCAGGAACUGAACUCCCUUUACCAUCAAAAUCUGAGGCAAUAACUGCUUUAGAUACUCUGAAAAAAUUUCUUAGAAGUCAAGAUAUGAAUGACGGACUUCAAAAUUCUUUAGCAGACCUUGAAAAUUUUAUUAACUCUUUAUCACCUAAGUAACUAUGUAUUGUACAUCUAAAGAGUAAUAGCUUUUCCUGAUACAUUUUAUUGUAUAAGGUAUGUAAAGGAGUUAUACCACACCACUUAAACAUAAAAAAUGAAAAACU